AUGCAGCGUGUGCACGGCAGCCAGAAGGAUCUGGCGACGGCGGCGAGCUCACGCCAUCCAUUAUUUUUGCACAUCAGCAAUCUUCCAAACGUGAUGAAGCGCAGCAAUACGGUAUCGACGCAACGACCGUCGAGCCGCAACACCAUGCAUUCGCCGCCGCAGCUUUUUGUUUCGCUCGGCGAGACAGUGCCUCGACAAGAAAAACGUGUGUCAUUCAAAGAUGCCGAGUUAAAUCAUAACCGCCCAUUGUCUUGUGCCUCGUCGCCGCUGCCACCAAACAGAAAAGUCGGCUACCAUAAUAGGAAGCUCCAUCGCUGUGACACUGGCGACAUGGCUCUUCUUGAGAGAUACUUGUCUCGAGAAAGCCUCUACGAUCCAUUCGACAGCCCAUCGCGGAGCUCGCAAGCUUUAACCGGCACACGCCGUCAAAUCCGUCGAGAACAGGAUGCGGCGCCCAAUAUUCGAAAAAGACUAAGCCGAAGUUGUGAUCAUCUCAAUGAGCACAACUUCAGCCCGCGUCUGCCACCAAUUCGGCGCCGUCCAACUAAGCACGUGCCGACACUGCAACACCUUAAUCGUCACGGUUAG